AUGAGUGAUCAAAGGCCGAAUUAAGUAACGGUAUUGAAUGUAGCCGGUGCCUUUGGUGCAUUGAAUUGUUUAGAAUUGAUAAAAAUGGUUCAUGGGCUGGUCAUCAAAAUGGGGUUUAAAUCAGAAGUGGUGGUUUUAACGGCUAUUCUUGGUUUUUAUUGUGAUCAUGACAUGGCAGUUGCCUGGAAAUUAUUUGAAAAAAUAUCGAAUAAAGAUGUUGUUUUGUGUAGUGCAAUGGUUGCAGCGUGCGUGAAAAAUGCCCUGUACAUUGAAGCCGUUGAAUUGUUUAGGGAAAUGCAGUGUUACGGUGUCAAACGAAAUCAUGUUACUGUUAUGAGCAUUUUGCCUGCUUGUGUUUAUAUUUCUGAUGGUCUAUCUCUUGGCAAGCAGAUUCAUGCAUUUUCAAUAAGGCAAGGGUUUAUUUCGUUUACCAACGUUCAAAACUCUCUUGUGGAUAUGUAUGCAAAGUGUAAGGAUCUUGGGGCCUCCAUUCAGGUUUUCGAUGGUAACUGGAAGAAGAAUUUAAUCUCAUGGAGGAUUAUGAUCCGCAGUUGUAUUGAGAAUGAUUGCACCAGAAAAGCGUUGGGUUUCUUUUCAUUGAUGCAAUUUCGUUGUUUUGAACCAGAUGAAACUAUGAUUGGGCACAUACUUGUGGCAUUAUUACAAUUGGAAGAGACAACAUUUGGGUUGUCAUUUCACUGCUACAUAUUAAAAAAGGGAUUUCUCAAUUUUUCUUUCCUUGGGACUACGCUUCUCCAUAUGUAUGCUAAGUUUGGUGAGUUGGGUAUGGCUAGGAAUUUGUUUGAUCAGUUGAUUCACAAAGAUCUCAUUGCCUGGAGUGCAAUGAUCUCUGUAUAUGCCCAAGGAGGGCAGCCUUAUAAUGCUUUAACUACAUUUAAACAGAUGCAAUUGAAGAAUGAAAAACCUAAUGAGUUCACUUUUGUUAGUCUGCUGCUGGCAUGUUCUUCAGUGGGAGCUCAAGAGCUCGGGGAGAGUAUACAUACCCAAUUAAUUAAAGCAGGCUACACAUCAAACUCAUACUUGACAUCAGCCUUGAUUAAUUUUUACUGCAAAUUUGGUAGGAUGAAGCAAGGAAAGGCUCUUUUCGAUGACAUUUCUAGUAAAGAUCUAAUCUGCUGGAGUUCAAUGAUUAAAGGGUAUGGAAUGAAUGGGUAUGGAGAUGAGGCUCUUGAAACUUUCUCAAACAUGUUGGAUUCAGGGGUAAUGCCCAACGACGUUGUUUUUAUUUCUGUUUUAUCUGCUUGUAGUCACUGUGGACUAGAAUAUGAAGGUUGGAGCUGGUUUCACUCUAUGAAGGAGAAAUAUGACAUUACCCCGAAACUUUCGCACUAUGCUUGCAUGGUGGAUUUGCUCAGUCAUCAAGGGAAAGUCGAAGAAGCCCUUGAAUUUGUCAAAAAAAUGCCUGUGAAACCUGAUAAAAGAAUCUGGGGAACACUUAUUUCUGGUUGCAGAUUAGCACGCGGAUCAAUUGAGAUAGCAGAGUACGUGGUUGAAUGACCCAUGACCUUGGACCCAAAUAAUUCUAGGUAUCGUAAAAUUUUGUUAGACUUGUAUGCAGAGGAAGAUAAGAUGUUAUGAUGUGUAGAAACUGAAAAAUUCUUUCUAUUGGUUUGCAAAACUGCAACUAUUAUGUAUUCCAUAUUUCAUGCACACGGAGACACACACAUGAAACGAGGAAUCCUUGAAGUACUUCUUGUUAAUGCUGAAGGCAUUAGACAUACAAACUUUUUUGGAACACCAGCCUAUUACGUCAUUGUACAAAUUGGAACUCAAGUACAUAGAAGCAAAGUAUCAUCAGCUAAAGAUGGAAAGGCCUGGUGGAAUGAGAAAUUCAUAUUCGAAUUCCCUCAAUCUGAUUGGAGAAACUUCACCCAUAUCAAAUUCAGAAUCAUGGACGUGGAAUUAUUCACAGAUGGUGGAUUUGUUGGUGAAACCAUAUAUUACCUUGGUGGAAUAAUUAGCGAAAGCAAUGACAGAGGAUCAACUGAAGUGAACCCAGCUCCAUACAAUGUAGUACUUGAAGAUGACACCUACAAAGGACAGAUUAAGGUCGGAUUUAAAUUCAUCAUGAAAGAAGACAAGCCUAUACAGACGAGAGAAUUUAUUGCACAUGAGAAUUUACCAAGACAAUCAAUUUGUAGGUUCCUAGUUAAUCUUAGGAAAAUGUCAUGUUUUAGGUUCGUGUUCUACCGGAAUCUAAUGAAUUCGAAAAAUGCCUGAAGGAAACAUAAGAGAAGCAUGUUUCAGACUUCGGAUUUUACAUUUGUGACAAU